AAUUUUGUAAUGUUCUUAAUGGCUGUAGAUGACGCCAAGUUCAGGUGUGGUUUAAGUGGAAAAUUGUUAUCGUUUCUCAGGUAAAAUAAAAAAUGAUGAAUAACUACCAUACUUCUGUUACUGGAACCAAUGACAUUCGAUACCCUAACUUGGACCUUGGUGGAAAGCUUGUCAUUAAAGCACAACUUGGUGAUGACAUUCGUCGGAUUUUCAUCCAUAAUGAGGAUAUUACUUAUGAUGAACUUAUCCUGAUGAUGCAGAGAGUCUUUAGUGGGAAAUUAUCUAGUAGUGAUGAAGUAACAUUAAAAUAUAAAGAUGAAGAUGGAGACCUUAUCACCAUUUUUGAUAGCUCAGAUUUAUCAUAUGCCAUUCAAUGUAGUAGAAUACUGAAAUUAACAAUUUCAGUGAAUGGACAGCCAACACUUCUUGAAGCUGAAGAGGUCAAGGACAUUCGAAAGGAGUUACAAGCUAUACGUGAUCGAGUCAAUCAACUUCUAGAUAUGUUAGAUCAUAAAAGUGUCAUUUCUACACCAUCCGCAGCUGUCACUUCUUCAGAUGGUGAUAAAAUAGUGAAUGUUGCCAGCUCCAAGGAAUUUGAUCCUCUCACAGUUAGAGGAAGUCCAAUAGAAGAGUCUGUUCAGAGCAAAGUUUCGUCAUCUUUGGACGUGUCAGAAGAGCAUGGUAGAGCAACUACACCUGACAGUGUAUCCAGUCGAAGUUCUUCAACAAGUUACCAUGGACAACAGCAACAAGUUUAUCCUGAUUCUCAGCAAUUUACAACAAAUCCUGAACUUGUUGACAGGCAAGUUCAACAGUCUGGUCUUACUCAACAAUUUAAAGGUCAAAGUCCACCACAAGUCCAACCAGGUAUUUCUCGUCCAUAUGCAGCUUUGCCUCAGCAACAGCUUUAUCAGCCACUUUCUCAACAGUUAGGCAAACCUUUCUAUGUUGUUGGGGGUCAACCUACAGGUUAUGGUGCUCUUCAACAUCCACCACCAGUACGGCCAACAUCACUUGGAUAUCAGCAGCAGCAGCAAUCGACCCCACCUAUUAGCCAAGGAUACACAGCUACUUCAGCAUCAGCUUUGCAAGGAUAUCAUCCUCCAACAUCAUCCUUGGCAUACCAGCUGUCCCAAUCUGGUCAACCUUAUCCUCAGGACUCUAGCUACAAUCCUCCACAACAGCAUCCAGCAGCCAAAGACCCAGCAACUGUCAAUCCUUUUUCUCGAAGUUAUCCUCGUUCCCCAUAUCAACAAGGAUACCAAUAGUUGAUCAUGUUUAUUAGAAUCUUGAUAAAUGUAAUUUAUAAGCACCUAGUUUCCAUACAUCAUUAUAUUAUUAUAAUGGGCAUUCAUUUAUUUGUGAUAUUGGUCGAGUCUGAAAAGGAAAUAUUUUCUUUAAGGAAUUUAUUUUAAACUUUUAGUUUUUAGAUCCUGAUAAGUUAUAAAAGUCUAUACUGAAAUGUCUGUCUUGAAUUAAUUUUUUUUCUUAUGAGUAACUAGUUUACAUGUAAUAAAUUCAAUAGAGAGAUUAGCUAAUGUUAGCCAUGUAUUGAAUCACUUUAAAAAAAAGACAAAAAAUUAAAAAACUCUUUUAAUGUUUGCUAAUACAGAUGUCUUAUUAGUAGGUGUUGUUGUUGUUCCUUGAUGUAUAAUUUAUUUAUAUAUUAUAUUCUUAAAUGCUUGUUUCAGACAGUUUUUUUUUGUAUUAGUGGUUUUUCUUUCUGUAAAGAAAUGUUUAUUUACUCGAUAUUUCUUGCUAGAAAAGUUACUAUGCUAGUCCAGAUUUUAUGAUGAAUGCAUUUUGUGCAGAUACUCAAAAACAUAUUGCUGUGGCAUAAUAAGAAUAAUAAAAUAAUCAUUCUCUUGAUUAAAAAUCUAUGUCUUCUUGUAGAUGAAAACUGGUAACAAGGCAAUUUCUGUUCAAAUAUAUAACUAUAUAUAUUUUUUUGCAUUAAUAAUUUUUAUUUUGAGGAUGUAGAGUUAUAAGCUUAUAUAGCCAUUUCUUGCAUAAUAUUGGGUUAAAAAUUUGACGAAUUGUUAGCCAUUUUCAUAGAAAACAAAUUACAUGGGAUUUCUCAAAAUUAAUUAUCUACACCUUAAGAAGAUUUUGACGUGUAUAAUGCAGUCAUUGUCAAGGUGGAUAAAUUAACUGAACGUUUCACUAUACAGUGAAAAAACAUUCCUAGUAAUAACAUGAGUAGUUAAAUACUAUUGUAAAAAGCUUUAUGUAUGCCAGUAUUAGUUAACUUUGUUAAGACAUUGAAGUGUUGAGCUUAGCUGUAAGGUUAUUGUCUAGGGAGUUCACUUAAAUACCUUUAUUAAAACUGAGCAUAUUCAAGAAAAAAUUAUGUAUACAAAAGUAGGUUACAUUCUCAUGGUCAGUUGUAACAAGAGGGAAUUGAAAGUGGUUGAUACAACUGAACCAAAUCAAACUACAUACAAUCAUAUCCUACAUGAAUGUGUUAAAUACAAGGAGAACAUUUUCACUUUAUCAGAUUAAACUAUAGUAUCAGAAAAGAAACCCAAUAAUUUGAGCACUUUUAGAAAGUAUAUUUCUUUCCUCAGGGGUAAGUGGCAGAUUAAAUUUUGUAAGAAGGAUUUCAUUUCACAAUCAAUCCAGUUGCUAAUCAUUGUGUUGGUCCAGUGUUGAGUUUAUAAUACAGAGAGGACCUUUUGUAAUGUCUAUUGAUAAAGUUGUUUUUAAGUUGCAUGAUGCAAAUUUGAUCAUACAUGAUGUUUCUGUGUAUGAUUUUAAUGUUGCCUAACCAUACCUCAUACAUGUGUUAUUUAUAAGUUGAUGAAGGUUUUUUUUCACAGUAUUUUCUAUAUCUGAAAAGUUUAAAGUAACUUCUUUCUCUCAUUCUUAGUCAAAUAUUUCUCUAUUUGUCAUUAAAUUUUAAAUUGGUAAUGUGUGAAAUGAAACCAUUCCUAUAUCUGGGUGUAGGAAAAAAGUGUGAAGACUGUUUGAAUAUAUCAGUCAGAAGCUUAAGAAAAUUGUGAAGAAAUCUUGUGCAUCAUUUAUUAUUAUCAUAUAAUAACCCACCUUAUGAGACUCAAAGUAUUUAAUUGCUGUGUUCAAGAUUGCAUUAUAACCUGUAAUUACAUAUUUCAGUUGAACAAGCACUACCUAUGCUGAAAGCUUAAGCUAUGACCACAAUUAUGUGUUUGGAUGUGAUCUCUGAUUUUAGUAUGUAAUUUUGAAAGAUUCAAACUAUUACCCAUAAUUCCCAUUUGGGUAAAAUAAAAAUAGUUUGACAAGUAGUCUUUGUAGAGUUUCGGCUAGUUUCUUUAUUGAAUAUUUUGCACACUGACCCAAACUUUCUCAUUCUGAUUAAAUGUUUCAUUUUAAAGAGUAUCAACCAGUUAGUUUUAUUUUCUGGUUCAUAAUUACAAAAUUUGUUAUCUGUAUUGAAAAGUCAAAUUAUGACCCACAUUUUGAUGAAGUAUUUCAAUUUAACAAGUGGUUCUGUUUUGAAGGAUUGUUAAAAGGAUUUGACAUCUUUAUAUAGUGUAAAAAAGUAGUUUCAAUCAAUGAUUUUGAUGUAUUAUUAUACGAAACAUGACAUCUCUUUCUAUUUUGAACUUUCAAUGGUACAUGCACCUAUUGCAUCUUUUGUUUGAGAAACAGCUGACUGCCUUUUUCAUUAUCUGUUUGGAGAAAGUGAUAUUAGCAUAUUAAUUCUUAAGUAUACAGUUAUAAUUAAAGAAAUGUUUAAAAACUG